CUGCAGUCCGGCUGGGCAGUUUCAAGGGACUAACAUCGCUUAAAGACACAGCAGAUAUAUCUUCAUUUACCCUUUUGGUAUCAUUUGCAAUAAAACUGGUUUAGUCUUAAUUUUUAAGACAAUGCCGCAAAUGAUAUUGUUUUUCUUUUGCUGCGUUUUCUCGCGGGUGGCAUCGCAAAGAAUCACAGUGGAUUGUCAGCAAAAUUAUGGUUUCCCCCCAACAAGUGUUAACGGAAGUCCAUCCAGGGUGGAAGACCUAAAACUGAACCUGGUGACAGUUGGAGAAAAAAGACAUCUUAACAUAAGCUGGGCAAUAAACAUUGAUGGUAGCAUUACUUACCUGAAUGGUACAUGGAUAAUUAUUUCAGGGGGAUCCCCCUACGCGUGUGAAUACAGACCCUCUUUUACCAAAGCAAACCUCACUGGAUUAGAGAAGGAAUGGUUUUAUAUUUUAGAAGAAGUAACGUAUGGUUCAUACGUUGUCAAGGUUUUUAAUAUACCAUUACCUCCAGAGGGGAAUGUCACGUAUUCAAAGAUAGAGGCUAUAUCGGUACCAAAACUCUCAACGAGACCUUCAAAAGUCACUACAGAACGUCAUCAAACAACGACUCCACUUGUUGCCGAACCACCGCAGAUUGAGCAUGAUGUCCAUAUUAUCGUUUUUGGAGUGCUGGGGUCUUUGAUAGUUCUGAGUUCCUGCUUUAUUAUCUAUAAGAUACGUCUCUCGUUUUCGCGUUAUGAAACUAUCCCCGUGGCCCCCAUGGCUUCAGUCUCUGUGGUUGUGGUAUACCCUGCGGAGACCCCGGCCUUUCAGCGGGCGGUGGUGGCACUGGCAGAGUUUCUGCAGUGGCAUGGCGGCUGCAGAGUGGCGAUUGACAUGUGGCAGCAGGAAAAAAUUGCAGAGCUGGGACCACUGCGCUGGUUAACUGAACGAGUGAAGAGUGCUGAUCGUGUGCUGAUCAUCGCCCCUCAGGCGCAAAUUCUCUCAUCUUUGCCGAAACAUUCGACUCCCACCAAGAGCCACCCAGAACAUUCCAUCCCCGCUGCAGCUCAUGACCUCUACCCGCUGAUUCUCAACAUGGUGGCCAGUCAUGCAAUGAAUCCCACUGAGCUGGCCAGGUUCUGGGUGCUGCAGCUGCAUGCGCACAAGGACAAGAAGUCUGGUGUGUCGUUGCCGGAGCUGCAGGCGUGCAGGGCUUUCUGCUUGAUGAAAGAUUUGACCAGACUUUGCAAGAACCUUCAUGCUCAUAAGAGUGGUGGGAAGAAGAUAUUCUUGCAGUUGUUCAAACCGGAAAUUUACUACAAUCAAAACAGUGCCGCAAAAUUAAGGGAGGCUAUAGAUAUGCUAAAUGAGAAGAAGCCAGGUUUAUCUGACGGCAUCCUGAAAAACAAUCUGUGUUGAAAUGGCUGACGGUGAUAUGUGCUUAAAGAUAGGAUCUAGUUUUUCAAUUCUUUAUUGUUUGUUGUUGUUAUUGUUUUUCUAUAUUCUAAUGUACUAUUUUAACUUCUUAGCAUUUAUUGUGUUAUAUAUAAUCAACCGGGGCGACUGUGGGUAGAGUAGUUAUGUUGCAACUGGAAGAUUGUGGAUUUGAUUCCAGCUUCCCCCCAAUCACAUGUUGAUGUGCCCCUGGGCAAGGCACUUAACCCCAAGUUGCCUACCGGUCUGCGUAUCGGUGUAUGAAUGUGUGAGCAUUAGGGAGUGUGAUUGCAUAAAAUUGACUAUAGUGUAAAGUGCUUUGAGAGGUCAGUAUGACUGGAAAAGUACUAUAUAAGUUUAUUUAUCAACUACCUUGUUGUCAUGGUGACAGUGGCUAAUAGGUGCUGAACUUUUAUUUUAGAUAAUAAAUAUUAGUUGUCUUCAUACCAACCUACAUAAUGAUUUUAUUGUGCUUUCUCAUUGUUUUUUUUUUUUUUUUAUUUGCAUUUUUUAUCUUUGUUUUGUGUUUUACUUGUUGCAGAGCACUCUGGUCAAGCAAGUGUUGUAUUUUUAAAGUGCUAGAUAAAUAAAUACGGUAUGGUUCCAAAC